AUGGAGCGGACCUGCACAAAGGGAGAGCGUGUAUGCAUUGUGGUAAACAUCUGCAACACAAAUCUUCCCCGAGGUUCCGAUUUGGGCUUGUAUGAUGGUAAAAACAUCAUCAUUGGCGAGGGCGUUCUCGAACUGACUCGAAGCGAAGUGUUUUCACUUGAAUCAGGUCUUGCAAUCGAUCAAAUCCAUCGAUCUUCCUUCGAUUUACCACCCCUCGAAUCCCUUCCCAACGAUCUACUCAUGCAGAACUUCCCAUCGCUCAUCACAUCCCGCAUCCUCGAUCCUCAGCCCGGCGAAGCCAUUCUCGAUUGCUGCGCUGCUCCAGGGAACAAAUGGUCCCAUUUAUGCAUGCUGAUGCAGGACAAAGGGCUGGUUUUAGGAAUGGAUCGAAGCCGAAAGAAAGCCAUCGACAAUCUUCUCGCUAUCAAACAAAAAUUCGGAUAUCAAAGCCUUCAAAUCCGCUAUCUCGAUAUGACCAAACACCUUCUUCUCGCCGGGAUAAUCGCGGGGAGUGCGAAGCUCCCCGGCUACCCGCGGGAAAUCUUCGAUCGUGUGCUGCUGGACCCUCCGUGUUCGGCUUUGGGUCUCCGCCCGCGGUUAUUGCACGAAGUGACGAUGAAUGAUUUGAUGGGGUAUCGAAACUACCAGCGCCAGUUUAUCGAAGUGGCGGUGCAGCUGCUGCGUGUGGGGGGAACGCUGGUGUACAGCACGUGUAGGAGAGAAGGGGGAGAGUGA